GCUCCUGUCUCACUGAGGAGCAGUUUGUGUCCAGCCCUGGAGCCCUCCUUUCUCAACAGCACCUGGCAGGGAGGCGGCCAUCAGAAGCAAAGGAACGAAUGGGCAGAGCGGAACUUCUAGGAAGGAACAUGAGUAUCCAGGAUCCCUCAGAGCUGUGGGGUCGAUCAGAUGGAGGAGCAGACCUGCUGCAGGACUUGGGGUGGUAUCAUGGCAACCUCACACGCCAUGCAGCUGAGGCGCUUCUCCUCUCCAAUGGACGUGAUGGUAGCUACCUACUAAGGGACAGCAAUGAGCAGACCGGACUCUAUUCUCUCUCCGUGAGAGGCAAAGACUCUGUCAAACACUUUCACGUCGAAUACACUGGGUACUCGUUUAAAUUUGGCUUUAAUGAAUAUUCAACUUUAAAGGAUUUUGUCAAGCAUUUUGCAAACCAGCCUUUGAUCGGAAGUGAGACAGGGACUUUGAUUGUUUUGAAACAUCCUUAUCCAAGAAAAGUGGAAGAACCUUCCAUUUAUGAAUCAGUCCGGGUCCACACAGCAAUGCAAACAGGAAGAACAGAAAAUGACCUCGUGCCCACUGCACCUUCUCUUGGCACCAAAGAAGGUUACCUCACCAAGCAGGGCGGCCUGGUCAAGACCUGGAAAACAAGAUGGUUCACUUUACAAAGGAACGAGCUGAAAUAUUUCAAAGAUCAAAUGUCACCAGAACCAAUUCGGAUCCUAGACCUAACGGAGUGCUCAGCCGUUCAGUUUGAUUACUCACAGGAAAGAGUAAACUGUUUCUGCUUGGUGUUUCCGUUCAGGACAUUCUAUCUCUGUGCAAAGACAGGAGUUGAAGCUGAUGAGUGGAUCAAAAUACUGCGAUGGAAGCUGUCAAAACUAAGAAAACAGCCGGAUCAAGGAGAGGACACUGUCCGAACUCGGUCAUUCAUCUUCAAAUAGAACUUUCUUGGCUUUUCUUGGCUCAAGGGCAAGGUGGAAUGUUCUAGGUGCUCUGAUCUGUGGCAGGCUUUUUCAGAGGAAAGGCCAUUAAGGGAGUUCCUCAAACAAAAACAAACACAAAGGCGACUGUCGUCCAGAGCUGGAUACUGCUUGCAGAUUCACGGAAAACAGCUGGCAGGACCAGGCCAUCUGCUCAAGAACACAGAAGCAGCACCCUGCGGAUGGAAACUGCCUAACCUCCACUGCCAGGUGGAGCCACUCUGAACACAGCGCAAGACGAAGAGCUGGUUUGCUCUCUCAGUGGCUAAGGCUUGUUGACUUUAGUUGCCUGGCGUCCUGCCCCAAGUCAUGGUCAGCACAACUAAACUUCAGACGUGUUCUAAACAGCAAGGAAGCGGUAAUACGUUUGGAGCGCAGGCUUUUUAAGGAAGCAAAAACAAUUUAAUAAAUGCCAAGGACCUUCAAAGGAGGGGCUGCUUUAUACAAAAACCUCAAGAAGGGCUGGAGAGGUGGCUCAGCCAUUAAAUGUGCAUCUGCUCUUGCAGAGAACCUGAGUUCAGUUUCCAGGAUCCACAUCAGAUGGCUCGCAAACACCCAUCACUCCAUCUUCAGAGAGAUCGGACGCCUCUGGCCUCCUUGGGCACCUGCGCUCAGGCACACAUAUUCACACACAUGCACAUAAUGCAAAAAAAAAAAAAAUUAAAAAAACAUUUCCAAAAACUGAGAAAAUGUUCAUCAUGUUUAUUUUUGCUUUUAAGAGGCUUAGAAAUCAGACUGGUGCCACGCCACGUUUGACAACCUGAGAGGGAUCCCUAAAACCUACAUAGAGGUGGAAGGAGAGAACCAACUCCACAAAGAUGUUCUUCGACCUCUGCAUGUAUGUCAGCACACAUACACACACAAUAAUUGCUUUUUUAAAAAAAAAAUCCAGUGGAUCCUUUACUCCUAAUGAUAAACUGUGAGAACUACAUGUCUUGUGGGUAACUAGAUAGAUAAAUGUAAGUUAACAUAUAGUAAGGAGUGAGGAUGUUUUAAACAGCAAGAAACUGCACAUUGAAGGGUGAUAAGCAGUAGGUGACUUUUAGUUUAUGCUUAUCAUUACAAAUGUAAUAACACACGUAUAAGCACUAAGUUAGAGACUUCCCCAUAAAGGAUGCCCCCCCACCAUCUCUUUCCGGGGUAGGCGGUAUGAGAAUAGCCCUAUGUAAAGCACCCCAAGAUUAUUAAAAGACAACUUCUGUUACAUAGCUGUUGCAAACUAGGAUCCCCGAUGACAGACUGGUGUUCAGAGGCCAUGAAUAGGUCUUGACUUCUAUUAUCACUGUUGUUGUGGCUUUUAAGGACAGAAGUUAGAAGGGCGACGAGCCAGCAGGUGGCGAACUGGGGGAACUCUGUUCUCGCAGCACAGAGACAGUGGGCAGCACUUUCGCCAGUGUGACCAAGACACUUGAGCGAACAGCUGAUAGGAAUGAUUACUCUGUGGUUCUUGAUGUCUCAGCUCACCAUGCUUAGGGUGUGGUGCAGCUCUCACGUCAGAGAGCAGGCAGGAAUCUGAACACGGCAGGAACAGGAAUGGGAGGAACCAAGACAAGAGACCCCAGGAACGCGUACUUCCAACCAGGUCCCAUGGUCCACAUUCUGCCACGUUCUAGUAAUCUGUUCAAAUUCUGAUCCAUUUGGAUGAAAUAAAUGAAUUAAACCUGUCAUUAGGUCAGCUCUCUCACCUCUGGAAUGCCUUCAAGGACAUACCCACAAUAUUUUUGGUAUUUCUCAUUCACAGUACCUUGUUAAAUUUUUUUUCUGUUGUUUAUACAGCUAAGACUCGGAAAUUGUUUUUUCCAACAGGUUUUUGGGAGUUGGGUUGUGGAUCAGAGGUAGAAUGCUUAUUGCAAGGAGGGGCAUUUAAUUUGUUAUGUUUGUGUUAUAUGGAAUAAAGCAAUGUCAAAAUAAAAUGUAUUGUGUCAAGUUUGCAAAAUAAGGAGUUAACAAUGGCCUCUCCUUGAGAUGUACCAUUUUGUUUCCUUAGAAAAAAGUGUUUUUCUUCAUGUGUUAAAUAUUCUUUUUACUUUCUGUAAAAUUUGUUUAUUUAUAUUC